AUGGCAAACAACAACAGCAAAGAGCAGGUUAUCUUCUCAGUGUUACAAUAUUUGGGUGAUGCAGGUCUAAAGGAAACGAUACAUACGAUUGAGCGUGAAAGCAGUUUGUAUUUUGACAAGGAAUAUUUCGAGGAUAUGAUCCUCAAAGGGAUGUGGGAUGAAGCUGAGAAAUAUCUAACUGGAUUCACAAAAGUUGAAGACAACGGUCACUCCACCAAAAUAUUCUUUGAACUUAGAAAGCAAAAAUAUCUUGAGGCAUUGGACAGCAACGACCGUGCCAAGGCUUCCAAUAUCCUCAUGACGGAUCUGAUAGUAUUUCGCUCAAAAAGUGAAGCACUAUUUAAAGAUUUGACUCAUCUUCUGACAAUUGAAAAUAUAAGGGAUCAUCCAUUACUUUCAACAUAUCAAGAUGCAAAUUGGGGGAGAAAGAAUGUGAUAGAUGAAAUUAAGAAAAUCAUGGAGAAAAAUCCUAUGCUAGAUGGAAAGUUGAAAUUCCCUGCCAUUGAAAGUCAGAGGCUAAUGCGUCUUCUAAGUGAAAGGAUUGAGCGUGAAAGCGGAUUGUAUUUUGACAAGGAAUAUUUCGAGGAUAUGAUCCUCAAAGGGAUGUGGGAUGAAGCUGAGAAAUAUCUAUCUGGAUUCACAAAAGUUGAAGAUAACAGUCACUCCACCAAAAUAUUCUUUGAACUUAGAAAGCAAAAAUAUCUUGAGGCAUUGGUCAGCAACGACCGUGCCAAGGCUUCCAAUAUCCUCAUGACGGAUCUGAUAAUAUUUCGCUCAAAGAGUGAAGCACUAUUUAAAGACUUAACUCAUCUUCUGACAAUUGACAAUAUAAGGGAUCAUUCAUUACUUUCAACAUAUCAAGAUGCAAAUUCUGGGAGAAAGAAUGUGAUGGAUGAAAUUAAGAAAGUCAUAAAGAAAAAUCCUAAAUUAGAUGGAAAAUUGAAUUUCCCUGCCAUUGAAAGUCAGAGGCUAAGGCGUCUUCUAAGUGAAAGGUUUCACACUUAUUUUCUUAACUUAUCGUAA